AUGUUCUGGUGGAAUUCCCUUCAAGGCGCUCAAUGGCACUCUACUUUUGUAUUUGUUUUUGGCCAGCAAGCAGAUUUCAAUUCAUCCUGCGAGAGUGUCACUGCGCUGCAGCACUUUGCCCGCACGGUGGCUACGAGCUAUGACUCGGAUUACCAUUCAAGCUUAUUGCGACCUAUUAACUAUUUACAGAAACUCCCUCGCGUUUUUUCAAAAACCACCGACCAAUCAUGUGAGUGCGGCGGAAACUUUGAAGGAGUAGUCGGCAGGGUCGAAAGUGUGCCUCUCGAUGUCGAUGAGGUCUUUGUUUUUUCUGGGUCUUUCCAAGAGAAUGAAGGAAGUCUCUGGAACUUCAAGCUUGACAGCAAAGUUUUUACGUCCGGAGAAACUGAGCACAUCAGCAAUCAAGAAAAGGGGGCAGCCUCUGUAAUCAGCAAAGAGGACGGCGAUGAAAAUAUGAACGAAUACAUGCCCAGGAACCCAGAGAUCUUGACGGAUAAUCACACGGAACACGAUUCCCAUACACGGAGUGCGAAAGAACCAAUUAGAAACAAAGGUAUCGCCGAUGGCCGUCACAAGAAGAGCAAGAAGAAGGACAAAAGUGAUCUGAAGGAAAAGAAUGAAGAAGACAAGAAGCCUAUGCUGAUAUAG